AUGUCCAACAUUCUUCUCUUCGGCGAUCAGACCGCCGAACAAUACCCACUACUUCACAAAGUGACUCUCCACCGCGACAAUGUGCUGGUCAGCAAUUUCGUCCAACGAUCUGCUCUGGCACUGCGAGAGGAGACACGUGCUCUGCCACGCAGUCAACGAGAUGCCAUGCCAGACUUCUUGACUCUCACGAGCCUCGUGGAGGCGUACUAUCAAAAAGGCGAGAAGGUGCCGAUGUUGGAGUCUGCUCUCGUGACCAUUGCUCAAUUGGGUCACUACAUUGGAUACUUCUCUGAGCACCCCGAUGAGCUGCCAGCUACUUCCAACACUCGCGUUCUGGGCCUCUGCACUGGUCUGCUUGCAGCCGCAGCCGUCGUUUCCGCAAGGACUAUCGAUGAGCUGGUUUUGCUUGGUGUCGACUUCGUUCGCGUUGCCUUCCGCUCAGGCGCUGCGGUCGAUGGCAUUCGCUCGGUGCUCGCGCAGCCUGGUCAAGAGAAGACACCGUGGUCAGCUAUUGUCACUGGCACUACACAGGAGGAUGCCAAAUUGGCCUUGUCAGCUUUCCAUGAAGAAAAGGGCAUCCCACUAUCGAAUCAAGCAUACAUUAGUGCUGUAUCUGUCAUGGCAAUCACGAUCUCAGGACCUCCGACCACAUUGGAGCGCUUCUUCAAAGAGAGCGCUCUGUCGGAAAACAACCGCGUUGCCAUCCCAAUCUAUGGUCCGUAUCAUGCUCCACAUCUUUUCCACGAAGCUGACCUGGAGCGUAUCCUUUCUGGCAACGUUGGUCUCGAACUCAAGCAGCAUGUGCCCUCUGCUCUGGUUCACUCUGCAGCGACAGGAAAGCCGCUUGUGGCUGAGAACUCCUUCGAACUCGCCAAGACCGCUCUUCGCGAAAUGCUCCAGAGCCCUGUACGCUGGGACUAUUUGCUCGAAGAGGUCGUUUCGCAAAUGGCCGCAAGCAGACUACCCGCCAAGAUCUACGCUCUCGGAGUCAGCAAUAUUGCAAACAGCCUCGUGACCGCUCUCAAGGCUGGUGGCAAGACCGAAGUGUCUGUCAUUGACCAGUCUGCCUUCACCGAGUCCACCGAAUACAAUGGCCGGACACAGAACGACAAGAUUGCCAUUGUCGGCAUGGCAGGUCGUUUCCCCAACUCUGCCAACCACGAAGCCCUGUGGGACUUGCUGAUGAAGGGACUUGAUGUACACCGAAAGGUUCCAGCCGAUCGCUUCGAUGCCGAUGCUCACUGCGACCCUUCUGGAAAGGGCAAGAACAAGUCCCAUACGCCUUUUGGUUGUUUCAUCGACGAGCCAGGUCUUUUCGACCCUCGAUUCUUCAACAUGUCCCCUCGCGAGGCUGCCCAGACCGAUCCUAUGGGCCGUCUUGCUUUGGUCACUGCGUACGAAGCGCUCGAAAUGUCUGGCUACGUCCCCAAUCGUACCACAUCCACCAAGCUCAACCGCAUCGGCACCUUCUAUGGCCAAACAUCAGAUGAUUGGCGUGAGAUCAACGCAGCAGAGAACGUCGACACCUACUUCAUCACAGGUGGCGUGCGCGCUUUUGCUCCUGGUCGCAUCAACUACUACUUCAAAUUCAGCGGCCCAUCGUACUCCAUCGAUACCGCGUGCUCAUCGUCGCUUGCUGCCAUCCAGCUUGCCUGCACGUCUCUGUGGGCAGGUGACUGUGAUACUGCCUGUGCUGGAGGUCUCAAUGUUCUCACCAACCCGGAUAUCUUCUCGGGCUUGUCCAAGGGCCAAUUCUUGUCCAAGACGGGAUCCUGCAAAACCUACGACAAUGACGCCGAUGGGUAUUGUCGUGGUGAUGCUUGUGGUACCGUCAUCCUCAAGCGCUACCAGGAUGCUGUUGCAGACAAGGACAACAUUCUUGGAUGUAUCCUGGGCGCGGCGACCAACCAUUCGGCCGAGGCGGUGUCCAUCACUCACCCGCACGCUGGCGCACAAGAGUUUCUGUACAAGCAAGUACUUGCAAACGCAGGCGUCGAUGCUCACGAGAUCUCAUACGUGGAGAUGCACGGCACCGGUACCCAGGCUGGUGAUGGCAUUGAAAUGACAUCUGUGACCAACGUCUUUGCUCCUCGUCACCGCCAGCGUCGACCCGACCAGACUGUGCAUCUGGGAGCCAUCAAGGCCAACGUUGGCCACGCUGAAGCUGCUUCUGGAGUUAACUCCCUGGUCAAGGUCCUGAUGAUGAUGAAGAACAACAAGAUCCCCGCCAAUGUGGGAAUCAAGGGCGUGAUGAACAAGACUUUCCCUGCCGAUCUUAAGGACCGCAACGUCCACAUCUCACAGCAACAGGUCGACUGGCCACGCAAGACUGCUGCCCCGCGGAGAGUUUUCCUGAACAACUUCUCUGCUGCCGGUGGCAAUACUGCUCUGCUGAUCGAGGAUGGACCACUUCGUGAGGCACCCAAGGCCGUGGACCCGCGCAGCACUCUUCCCAUCACCAUCUCAGCCCGGUCGAUUGCAUCGCUGAAGCGCAACCUGAGCCACUACCAGCAGUUUGUUCGUGAGAAUGCAGGCACCACACUCACGUCGUUCUCUUACACCACCACUGCUCGCCGCAUUCAGCACAACUACCGUGUUGCCUUCUCUCUUGCCGAUGCCAGCAAACUUGUCGACUCACUGCAAGGUCAAGUGAAGGACACCUACAGCCCAGUACCCAUGGUUGCUACCAAGGUAGCCUUCUGCUUCACCGGGCAAGGCUCUCAGUACACGGGCUUGGGUCAGAAGCUCUACCAGGACCUGAAGAGCUUCCGCGAUGAUAUCGACCAGCUGGAUCAGCUCGCUCGCAUACAGGGGUUGCCAUCAUUCCUUGAGCUCCUUGAUGGCACAGAUGUGCAGACGUUGUCGCCUGUCAAGGUGCAACUAGGCAUGGCCUGCAUUCAGGUUGCCUUGGCUCGCAUGUGGGCUUCGUGGGGGAUCACUCCAUCUGCAGUCGUUGGUCACAGCUUGGGCGAAUAUGCCGCUCUCCAUGUCGCUGGUGUGAUUUCAGCUUCGGAUAUGGUGCUCCUGGUUGGGCGUCGUGCCGAGCUUCUCGUACGCGACUGCACUCCACACACUCAUGGCAUGCUGGCCGUCAAGGGCAGUGCGGAUGCCAUCCGAACAGCUCUUGGACCCAAGAUGACCGAGAUUGCCUGUAUCAAUGGCCCCGAGGAGACCGUGUUGUGCGGAAGCGGCGACGUGGUCGGCACUGCGAAUGAGAUUCUCGCUCGAUGCGGCUUCAAGGCAACGAAACUCAACGUGCCUUUCGCAUUCCAUUCGGCUCAGGUUGACCCCAUCCUCGAGCAGUUCACCAAGGUUGCUUCUGCAGUGACCUUCAACAAGCCUGUGGUCCCAGUCCUCUCUCCCCUUGAAGGCCAGGUCAUCCGCGACGAUGGCAUCAUCAACCCCACCUACCUUGCCCGUCACGCUCGUGAACCCGUGAACUUCUGGUCUGCUUUGAUCAGUGGUCAGAGUGCAACUGUGUUUAGCGAGAAGACGGCUUGGCUCGAGAUUGGUGCUCACCCCGUCUGCUCAGGCAUGGUGAAGGCUUCUAUUGGUGCUACAGUCACGGCCCCAUCCCUUCGCCGAGGAGAGGACGCAUGGAAGACCAUUUCCAACAGUAUCUGCCAGCUUUAUACAGCUGGUGUCAACAUCAACUUUGACGAGUUUCACCGCGAGUUCAACGAUGCACAAGAGCUCCUGACACUACCAACAUACUCGUUUGACAACAAAAAGUACUGGCUCGACUAUCAUAACAACUGGACACUGACCAAGGGCGAGGCAGCGCAAAUCAAAGAGGUCAUUCGCGAGAAGGAGGUCGCUGCGCCAGCUCCAGUUGUAGAGGUUCCUGCGAAACGACUCUCUACUUCUUGUCAGAAAGUUAUCAGCGAAGAAUUCAGCGAGACUUCUGCCAAGGUUGUCAUCCGCUCCAGUCUGGCUGAUAACAAGCUCUACCCGGUCGUCUGUGGCCAUUUGGUGAACAACGCUGCUCUCUGCCCAUCCUCGCUGUACGCCGACAUGGCUCUCACUGUCAGUGACUACAUCUGGAAGGAGACACACCCAGAGAGCGAGACACCGGGCCUCAACGUCUGCAACAUGGAAGUACCAAAACCUCUGAUUGCGCAGAUUCCACAACCUGCUCAAGGCCAGCAUGUCGAGAUGGAGGCCGUUGCGGAUCUUGAGAACAACACUGUCAAGGUCAACUUCCGCAGUGUCCAGCCCGAUGGCAAGAAGAUUCAAGACCACGCUCACUGUAUCGUACGCUACGAAGACAAGGCAGCCUGGGCAGGCGAAUGGGCUCGCUACAACUUCAUGGUCAACGCUCAAAUCGAUACGCUCACCGCCAAGACCAUGACCGGAGGCGCUCACAAGGUGCAGCGCGGGAUGGCAUACAAGCUCUUCAAGGCGCUUGUCACCUAUGACUCCAGAUACCGCGCCAUGUCAGAAGUUGUCUUGGAUGGUAAAACUACCGAAGCCUCUGCGACUAUUGAUUUCCCCACGAAACCAGAUGACGGCGACUUUUACUGCUCACCAUACCACAUCGACGGAUCCUGCCACAUUUCCGGAUUCAUCGUAAAUGCUUCUGAUUUGCUGGACUCGGAGCAGAAUGUCUAUGUGUCGCACGGCUGGAGCGCCGUCAAGAUCAGCAAACCCCUCACUGCCGGCAUGCGGUUGCGCAACUACGUUCGCAUGUUGCCACAGCCGAACAACAUCAGCAAAGGUGAUGUGUACAUUCUCGAAGGCGACGAGAUCGUUGCGGUGUGCGAAGGCAUCAAGUUCCAGCAGAUCCCGCGCCGUGUACUCAACACUUUCUUGCCACCAAACAAAGGGUCAGCCGCGCCCCAAGCGCAAAGGUCGAUCGCUCCCAAGCCAGCUGCUCGUCCACUGUUGACACGAUCACCUCUUCCUGCUCCAGUCAAGGUUGCUCCGGCACCGGUUCGCAAGACCGCUCCUCCACCUCCAGCUGCCGUCGCCGCCCCGGCCUCACGGUCUGUUUCCAAGCCGAAGAAGGUCGCUCCACCGAAGAAGCCAUCUGGCGGACUCGUUGACAAGAUCAUGCAAAUUCUGGCCAAGGAGACAGAAGUGGAUGUUGCAGAGCUGGUAGACGAUGCUCAUUUUGAAAACUUGGGCGUCGACUCGCUACUCUCGUUGACCAUUUCGGCCAUCUUUCGCGAGGAGCUGGACAUCGAGAUCAGCUCUUCUCUCUUCACUGAUUACCCAAGUGUUGGUGAGAUGAAGAAGUACUUUGCUGGGCUCGACGCAUCUUCGAGUGGCAGCAAUAGUAGCAGCAGCAGUAGCGCUCCCGAUUACGAUGAGGAUUCGGAUUCCGACUCGAACCCAGCGACCGAUGUGCCCACACCGCUGGAAGACAUUUCGACUCCGGCUUCGUCAGCUCCGUCCAUCAUGGGCAAGCCAGCGCCCGACUCUCCUACCCGCGACUCAUUAGCAGAAGUGGGUGAUGUCUCGAUUGCCCGCCAUGUUGUGGCACAGGAGAUGGGAGUCGACAUCGAGGAGAUCACCGACGACGCGGACUUGUCAGAGCUAGGCAUGGACAGUCUCAUGAGCUUGACUAUUCUCGGCGAGCUACGCGAAAAGACCAAUGUCGAUCUGCCCAGCACCUUUCUCUCGACGAAUCCUACCAUGGCCGACAUUGAGAACGCUCUCGGCAUGCGACCUGCACCCAAAACCGCUGCUGCUCCUCGAUCAGCCGCGAAGACGUCAACACAGACAGACAUGAACGAGGUCUCUGCUCGACUCGGUGCCAUCAACAAGACCGACAUUUCCAGAUACCCCGCCGCGACUUCGGUACUGCUGCAAGGCAAUGCAAAGAUUGCCACCAAGAAGGUCUUCUUUCUGCCUGAUGGGUCUGGCUCAGCCACCAGCUAUGUGAGCAUACCCAAUCUCGGACCAGACGUCGCUGCAUAUGGUCUCAAUUGUCCAUUUAUGAAGAAUCCCGACACCUGGGACUGUGGCAUUGAGGUCGCGUCUCUGAUUUACCUUGCGGAGAUCAAGCGUCGUCAAGCCAAGGGGCCAUACAUCAUCGGAGGCUGGUCUGCAGGCGGUGUCAUUGCAUAUGCGGUCGCUCAAGCAUUACUGGCUGCUGGCGAGAAAGUGGAGAAGCUACUGCUUCUCGACUCACCUUGCCCGGUCAACCUCGACCCCCUACCUGCACGCCUCCACAUUUUCUUCAACGAGAUCGGCCUCCUCGGAACCGGCGACCCGAGCAAGACCCCCAAAUGGCUUCUCCCCCAUUUCUCCGCUGCCAUUCGCUCCCUAUCCGCCUACGACCCCAAACCCACGCUCCGUCCCAUCCCCACAUAUGCCGUCUGGUGCAAGGAAGGCGUCGCCGGCAACCCAGGUGACCCUCGCCCACCCCCAGCCGAAGAUGAGGACCCAGCGCCUAUGAAAUGGCUCCUCAACCACCGUACCGACUUUGGCGAUAAUGGUUGGGCACAAUUGUGUACAGGACCAUUUAAAAAUGGAGUCAUGAAUGGUCACCACUUCAGCAUGAUGAAGGAGCCUCAUGCGAAAGAACUUGGCAAGUUGAUUCGUGAGGGACUGGACUGGAGACCUUGAGCACGAUACCUCAUCAUCCCACUUACCCGCGAGAGAGAGGACAAGCUGUGUGACGCCAGUGGUCUUUGCGUAGCAGCACCAACUACUUUGCCUUGGCCGGCGAUGUAGGAAACAAACUGCUACGCCAAAUCCUCCGCGUUGCUUACACCCAUUCUACAAAUAAUACCUCAUCAUUGCUCUUUAGCGAAACGAAUAAUAGAACCUCAUUGGAGCGGGAGGAGGGGGAGGGGAAACCACCACAGUCGGAGAUGUGACGAUAAUACUUUCUCAAGGGAAGGCCAAUAUUUGUUGGUUUGUUGAUUUGUUUUACUAGGUGUGGCGUUGUGCUCUUUUUCUUGUCUUUUGAGCGAUAUACAUCUUUCUUCUUUUUUUUUUUCCUUUUGUUGAAACACAAACAGAGAUGGGGAUCACACUGUCGUCAGAGGAGGAGGAGAUUUUAGAAAG